AUGAUUUGGACUUCAAGACCGCUCCAGGAGUAUGCAAUUUGGAUAAGCCGUUUAGGAGAUAUCACGUUUGUACUGAAGACUGGUCCACAGCCGGCCGAACGCACUCGGCCGGACAGGAAGGGUAUUGGCUUCGCUCGGCCUUCUCCAGGACCGAUCCGGCCGCACGACCGCACCGUCCGACCCGGGAGGCAAUGGACCACGAUCGACCGAGAUCAUCGCAUCACGGUCGACCCUCUUCCUUUGGAAGUUGCUUGGGGCAAUGCUUCUUCGAAGUGGAAGAUCCGGCUGGGACACCAUGCAUUGAUUCAAAAUCACGCUUCGGUGAUGGGGUUGAACCAUCAUCUGAAAUGCUUUGGCUGUUACUCUUGA